AUUCUCUAUGAAUUCAAAAUCAAAUAACGGUCAUAUGAGUUUUCUUAUUCUAUAUUCUUCACAGAUUCAUUAUCAACAGAUAGGAUAUCUUAUUAACGAUGGAAGGAUUCAAGACACCUGUUAGAAGGAACCGUAGACCUACAGAUGAUUCCAAUUUACAAACCCCAAUUAAAAUUCCAGCUUCUCCAUUUUUACAGCAAUUAGCUCAUGGAACUGGUGUACAUAUUCUUAGUUUGGAAAGAUCUCCAAAAGUUGGUUUUGCAAGAUCACCUUGGGCAAUAAAAAAAAGAAAUAGUAAACUUGCAAAGAAUUCAGAAUAUGACAAGCGCUUAUGGUCUGAAGCCGAUUUAUUGAAAAAAUUAAAUCACCCAAACAUCGUGGGUUUCAGAGCAUUUACGUUAUCUUCCAAGGGUGAACCAUGCCUUGCCAUGGAACAACUGGAUAUUUCUUUAGGAGACUUGAUUGAAGAUAGAGUCGACAGAGGAGAUGACAUUUUUGCAGCUAAAGAUAUUUUAUAUGUUGGUUAUGAGAUGGCAAAGGGUUUAGAGUAUCUACAUCAUAUUAUAUAUAUUUUGCAUGGAGAUAUUAAAAGUUAUAAUGUUCUAGUUUCAAAAGAUUUGAAAAAAGUAAAACUUUGUGACUUUGGAGUUUCUGUACCACUUACAAAGACUUUAGAAAUGGAUAAAUCACAAGAAAAUUUUAUGUAUGUUGGAACUGAAUGUUGGAAUCCACCAGAAGUAUUAUUUGAGGAAGGUCCUAUAACAAACAAAUGUGAUAUAUGGGCAUAUGGUCUUGUUAUAUGGGAAAUGUUAGCCUUAUCUGCUCCUUUCGUAAAUUCUGAUCACUCUAGCGAUGAUAUCGAGGAUAUUUCUACAUCAGAGAAAUGUAUGUCUUUAACAACAACAAAUGAUGACAAUGAUCUUACUAUGGAUGAUAGUAUUAUGUUCGAGGAAGAAACAAAAAAAAAUUAUGGCGUUCGGCCACCUUUACCUGCAAUUGAUAUAGGUCCAGAAUAUGCAGAAGUAUUAGACAUAUUUUAUACCUGCACCAUUGUAGAUCAUAAGUUAAGGCCAAGUUCAAAAGGCUUAGUGAUGUACUUUUCAAAAAUUAUGCCUUCUAAAGUAUAAAUUUAUGUCUUUAUGUUUAGAAUAUUAUUUUUUAUAUAGAAUAUAACUUCAUAGAAUAUAACUUUAUAGAAUAUAACUUUAUAUAUAAGAAUAUUUGACGAAUAUUUGGUUUACACAUGUGAUAAAAUGCAAGUUAAUAUAAAAAAAAUUAAUUGAGAAAUACUAUAAUUAAUAGAAUAACAAAUAUUAUUAUCCCAAUGAUAAUGCCAAUCUUUAUCUUUCUCUGGAAAAGUGACAAAUUUUAGUAAUGAAUUCUUUUAUUAAUAUAUUAAAAAAUAUGUUUAUGUAUACUUUUUUGUAUCUAUGACUUCUUUCUUCUGCUUUAUUAAGGCAUUUUUUACCACUCUCAACAUCAUCUGUAGUAUUUUUUGCAAAGUAUUCUACACUAUUUAUUUGCUCUCCCUAAAAAAGAAAAAAAAAAAAAAAAAAAAAAAAAAAAAAUUAAAAAUAAU